GAUUCAUAACUCCGAGGCUGUGACUUUUGUUCUUGACUCAACUGGCUGGGGACAGAUAGCGAGGCAGGGCCAAUCAGGGCACUAGGUCAUCCUUACAUGUUUACGUGUUCACUGUCACAGAUCGCGAUCGAUAAAUAAACUCUGCGUAUCAUAACCUGCAGUCACACACACUCGUUACAACAAUUGGCGACGGGGUAGAGAAGAUUUUGAACCCUGUAAUUGGACAAGAUUCAGCCUAUCUAUUUUGACCAAUCAGUAUCCAGAUUUGUCAUUGGCGUCCUUGGGAGUCAUUGGUUGUUAGUUGAUUACAGUAUUUCUCAUUACCCUGCUGACUCAGAAAAUGAAUAUCCUUCCCGAUCAAUUGCAGCUACUACUAGAUCGCCAGCAGCAGCGUUUCAGAGAAAGCCAGUUGAAUGUUUUGGACUAUAUGCGCACGCGACUGCUAAAUCUCCCAUGUUUCGGAGAUGUGAAAGAAAUUGAUGAAUUCAUUUCUCACUUACAUUCUGAACUCGAGAAUGACUGCAGGACAUAUGAAGAUGAAAACAAAAGCCUCUAUGAAUCCCUUAUGAUCAGUAAUGCAAAUGAGGCAGUCGCUCAUAACCCGUCUAGCGAUCCGGGAAUGUCCAGUUCAGAAUCAUGCCCUGUUGUGGGUUCAAAUCCCACUAUUCCUGAAACGUGUACAGACAGUGAUGUACCCAGCUCACAGGAAGAUCUUUCAUUAAAUGCUCAUAAAUUAAUUACAGUGCCCUCUCACAAGGAAACAGGAAACAAAUCGUGCACUAUACUGAGUCUAGCUGCUCCGAACGGUCCUCAUCAGUCAACAACAGGAGACUCUGAUGAAUCUUAUUAUCUGGAUCCUCUUGUACCAGAAAAUGUGUUAGAUGCCACAAAUGAUGAUCAGAAGUUGAAUACAAUUUUGAUAGAUGUUAAUUAUCCCAGUGAUCGACUAUCCACAAAUGAGUUUUUCAAGGAAUUCUAUGGUAAUGUUCCAGAAGAAUCAAAGGUUGAUGACUUCAUAUCAAGCGACGUUGGUCCACACUACUUAAUCACUUUUAGUGACUUCUCUGUUCCAUGUGACUAUCAUGUGUUAAAUAAAGUCAAAUUAAAUUUAACUUGGAGAGAUGAGGACCCAACAUUAUUUCGUGGGGGAGGAUGAACCCAGAAAAUUUUAAAAUGCAGAUAUGAACUCCGGAUCAUUCGAAAAAGGGGAGGUGUUAGGAUAGUCGGGAAAAAUAGACCAAUAAUUAUCAUGUUAAGUCCAUUGGUGUCCUUGGACCUUAAAUGUACAUUUUGCAUUGGUCGAUAUUUAUUUAACGUGUUAUUUUCCUGUUGGCCAAUAUUGUACAAUGUUAUUUUCUAUUUUAUGGUACGUUGUGGUCUGCUUGACUAGUAUAUAAACAAAGUAUGUUUGAAAUAUAAUGAUUCAUAACUCCGAGGCUGUGACUUUUGUUCUUGACUCAACUGGCUGGGGACAGAUAGCGAGGCAGGGCCAAUCAGGGCACUAGGUCAUCCUUACAAGUUUACGGGUCACUGUCACAGAAGCGAUCGAUAUAACGCUGCGUAUUUAAACCUGAAGUCACACUUCGCGUUACAACAC